AUGCCACCUAAAGAAAGAAAAACGAAAGAACAAAUUGCAGCUGCAGCAGCAGCAUCAGGAAGAACUAAAAAAAAGAAAUGGGGAAAAGGAAAGAAUAAAGAAAAAUUAAAUCACGCCGUUUUUAUCGAUAAAAGCUUAUAUUCUAAAAUAUUAGAUUGCAAAAAUAUGAAAGUGAUUACUCCAUCAACUAUAUCAGAAAAAUAUAAAGUUAAUUUAAGUGUAGCUAGAGCAGUUAUUAAACAUUUAGCAGAAAAAAACUUAAUUAAUGAAGUUUGUACACAGAGUCAUAGCCAGAAAUUAUAUACUAAAGUUGCUUAA